AUGGACGGUUCAGAAUUAUUUCAAUUCUCGGAAACUAGAAUAUUAGUCAUAUUAGCAACUCUGGUUGUGUUCUUCCGAGGCCUUGGCUUAUAUUUUCAAAGACGUUCUGUGACAGUUAGUUUAAACGAUUCGAAACAUGUUACACUUGUCGUGUUUGGUGAUAUUGGACGUUCUCCAAGAAUGCAAUAUCAUGCUUUGAGUUUUGCUCAAAAUGGCUGGACGGUUAAUUUCGUGGGUUAUGAUGGUGCUACACCUUUGAAUUCUAUCACCAGUAAUCCAAAGAUUAAUAUCCAUUAUAUAUCACAUCCUUGGCAUCUUCCAGACAAUAUACCAAAGAUAAUGUUUCUCAUUUUUGCGCCAAUAAAGGUUUACACACAAAUUUUGCUUUUAUAUUGGACUCUUCUCUUCAGAAUAAAUAGACCUGAUUACAUUCUUGUUCAGAAUCCCCCUUCGAUACCCACAUUGAUGAUCGUUCAAACCGUAUGUUGGUUACAAUCAACGAAAUUAAUUAUUGAUUGGCAUAAUUUUGGAUAUACAAUUUUAGGUUUAAGAUUAGGUCAAAAUAGUCUUUUUGUGAAGAUAGCAAAGCGGUACGAACAACUUUUUGGGGAUCGUGCUCAUGCUCAUUUGACUGUCACUGGGGCUAUACAUCGAGAGUUGAUGUUUAAAUGGGGAGUCAAAGGUUCUAUUACUACAUUGUAUGAUAAACCUCCAACACAUUUUAGAAGAUUAAGCCUUGAUGAAAUCCAUGAGUUCCUAUUAAAGAUUAAUUUAGAAAAGAUAGUAUCAGAACAAUCAAUCGGUUCAGACUUUUUACCGCCAUCAUCCACCAACAAAACUUUCUUAACAAUAAAAUCUUCAGUUGAUACAACUGCAAAAUAUCGACAAGAUCGACCGAUAUUAAUUGUCAGUAGUACAAGUUGGACUGCCGAUGAAGAUUUCUCAAUGUUAUUAAAUGGAGCACAAAGAUAUGAAGAAGAAGUAGAGAGACAUUCAUCACAACGUUCUAACAAAACUUUUCCAAAGUUACUUUUUGUAAUUACAGGAAAAGGUCCUUUAAAAGAAAAAUAUGAAAGAGAAAUCAGUAAAAUGACGACAAGACAUGUGAAAAUUGUUACCAUGUGGUUGGCAGCAGAGGAUUAUCCUUUAUUAUUAGGAUCUGCGGACUUGGGAAUUUGUCUACAUACAUCCUCAUCAGGUAUGGACCUUCCUAUGAAGGUAGUUGACAUGUUUGGAUGUGGAUUGCCCGUAUGUGCAGUCGAAUUUGAAUGUCUUGGCGAGUUGAUGCAACAUAAUAGGAAUGGGUUAAUAUUUAAGAGCGAAACCCAGCUGGUUGAACAGUUAAUAGAUUUGUUUACUAAUUAUCCAGCAAAUGCAUCAAAGCUUGAACAAAUGAGAAAUCAUUUAUCCAUAUUUCAACAAGAACGAUGGGAUACAAAUUGGAACAAGAAACACAGACUAACUACCCUAGCUCUCCCUGAAAAAUCACUUAAAAAUACUUCCGCUAAGAUAUUCCCGGAAUACUUUAAAGUGGAGGCAUAG